AUGGCGGCCCGGCUUAUUAUCUUGUCUAACUUCUUUCAUUUUUGGGAUAUUGCAGGGAACAUCAUUUCGCUAAUUCUCUUUCUCUCCCCAGUGCCAACAUUUGCGAGGAUUAUCAAGGCAAAAUCAGUUCAAGCCUUCAGGCCAGAUCCAUAUGUCGCCACGAUUCUCAAUUGUGCGCUGUGGAUGUUCUACGGUCUCCCGAUCAUCCAUCCGGAUAGCCUUUUGCUCAUCACGAUCAAUGGUGCUGGACUAAUCAUCGAAACCAUCUUCAUCACUAUCUUUUUCACCUAUUCUACUUGGGGUGGUCGAAAAAAGAUCAUCAUUGUCCUCCUUAUCGAGGCCAUUUUCGUAGCUGCAGUUGUUGUUAUUACAUUAAUGUUCUUCCACACCCACGCUUCAAGAUCUAUGAUUGUUGGAUUAAUUUGCAUCGUCUUCAACAUACUUAUGUAUGCAUCUCCAUUGACCGUCAUGAAAAUGGUGAUCAAGACAAAGAGUGUCAAGUACAUGCCGUUUACCUUGUCGCUAGCCAGUUUUGCCAACGGAAUUGUCUGGUGUGUAUAUGCUCUACUCCAAUUCGAUCCUUACAUCUUGGUUCCAAAUGCUCUGGGAACAUUAUCAGCAGUAAUUCAACUCGUAUUGUAUGCAACCUAUUACAGUACCACAAAUUGGGAUGAUGACGAACAAGGUGAGGUUCAAAUGUCAUCAAGCUCAAAAGCCUAAGCAUCAAGGACGUAUAUUUUCAAUAAAAAUAACAAUUGGUGUUUAUGGAUUUAAGUGGAUGUAAGCAAACAAAUUCUUCUGAGCAAGCUUGGGUAGCUUUCCGGUUUCUGUUACUUACGACAUAAAAUGUGGGGUGACACUGAGAGCUGUUGUCGCCAAGCAGUUAUUCACGUAUCCCUACAUAUAGUGUUCAGGGGUUUCGUCGAAGCUGUUGAGAUGCCAUGUUACGAAAGGAUCAAAAGAAAUGGAUUCAUUUGGAAUAAGAGAUUGCAUUGCUUCUGUAUUUGUUUUCCUUUUUUUUCCUUUUUUU